GUCCUGCUGAUCCACUCGGUCGUGAUCCAGGUGCCGAGCACGGAGCCCUUCCGUAGCGCGAUGUAUGCCACCAGGGCUGUCCUCAUCUUCGGUGCCAUUUGUCAGACCAUCGAUGUCGCGGCUUACCUGGGCGGCUACGCCACCUCGGAUUCCGGCUUACUGAGGACAGCAUUGACGAAAGCCCACGUCCUGGAAA